UGCGGCCAAGACUUCAUUCUUCGGAACGAGUCCGCCGCGAGCGGGCGUACGCCAUUCUUACCCUUUAUUACAUUGGAUUACCCAUGCGGACCGGAAGAUCGGACUAAUGUGCGCGCCCAUCAUGAGUCGGGAGACGUUGGCCCAUCUCAUCGCUACGGCAAUCAUCCUUUCGGGCCUGUGUCUGACCGAGGAUCUGGCAGUAACUCCAUGUCCCGAAGGUUGGGUACAAUUCGGCAUCGACUGCUACAAAUUCUUUAAUCUGCAUCGUUCGUGGGAUCGAGCUACGGAAGUGUGUCGUAGGUACGGUAGCGAGUUAGUGACCAUACAAGAUUUUUGGCAGAAUAAUUUUACCAGUUCUUUGGCAUCCGAAAAGUUACUCAGUUCGGGAACCAAUUCCUAUUGGAUAGGUCUCCGCGCUGUAGACGAUCUUUCGACUAACGCUUUGGAGACCAGUGGAGGAAAUUUCCUUUCAAAGUUUAUAGGAUUUUGGAAUUUCGAUCAACCCGCACCUCAGAAUGGCAAAUGCGUCAGAACUCUUCAAAAACAACAGAAUCAAGUAUGGGAAUUGGCCUCUUGCGAAUCUCUUCAUCCAUUCAUGUGCCAAGUUCGGCUAUGUCCUAAGAAUUCGUUAUAUUGUAGCAACGGAAAAUGCGUUAAUACCAGGUGGAAAUGCGAUGGUCAGGACGAUUGCGGUGAUAAAUCUGACGAAACUCAUUGUCCCAGAUCGUGCCAUUAUCACUUGCAAAGUUCGGGCGAUUCCAUUCAAUCUACCAACUAUCCUGAUAAAUACGAGUCCAAUUCCGAUUGUAAAUGGACUUUGGAAGGACCUAUCGGAACAGGAAUCAUUUUACAAUUUUCAGAUUUCGAAACUGAAGCCAACUUCGAUACAGUUCAAAUUUUGGUGGGUGGAAAAACCGAAGAAUCGAGCGUGAAUUUAGCCACGCUUUCGGGUAUGCAAAAUGUUACUUCGAGAUCUUUUAUCACCGCUUCUAAUUUAAUGAUCGUGAAAUUUCGAUCGGAUGCUUCGGUCGAAAGAAAAGGAUUUCGUGCCAGUUGGAAAACAGAACCUAUGGAAUGCGGAGGAGUAAUUUAUGCAUCACAAAAGGCUGAAAUUUUCACUUCACCUCAUUAUCCUCAAUCUUAUCCCGGUGGAUUGGAGUGUCUUUAUAUUAUUAGAGCACCUCAGAGUAAAAUUGUAACCUUAGAAGUGGUUGAUAUAGAUUUAAAACAAGAUCAGGAUUAUAUUCUGAUACGAGAUGGAACUUCUCCUUCCGAUCCUCUCUUAGUUAGAUUAAGUGGUACCUCUGAUAAAAACCCAAGAUACAUCAUGUCUACUGGAGAUAAAUUGUACUUUUAUCUACACACUAGUCUGGGGGAUAGUAGGAAAGGUUUUUCCAUUCGUUAUCGUGCAGGUUGCGAAAUAAACUACAUUGCUCCAUUCGGGGAGAUUAAUUCUCCAGCUUAUGGCAUCCGUAAUUAUCCGUCCAGUCAAGAAUGUGUAUACAGAAUAGGAAGACCCGGAGGUGGUCCACUUUCUUUGAAGUUCGAUCAGUUUCAUAUCUCAGAAGAUGAUUUUGUCGAGGUUUACGAUGGUUCGAGUUCUAUUUCCGGCGUGAGAUUACAUUCGGGACAGGGAUUUAGUGGAUCCAAUCCUCCCUCUAUUACUCUGACGGCCAGUAGCGGACACAUGAUAUUAAAAUUCACUAGUUCUCCUCUGAAUUCGGCAGUAGGAUGGAGGGCAAAGUUCAGCGCCGAUUGUCCGUCGUUGAGAGUGGGAAGUGGAGCCGUAGCUUCUAGUAGAGAGACCACUUUUGGUUCGAUAGUCACUUAUGUUUGUCCUCUGGGACAGGAAUUUAGUAAUGGCCAAGUUCGAAUAGUUUCUACUUGCAUGGACGGAGGAGAAUGGAAUGUUACCAAAAUUCCCAGAUGCCAAGUUCGUUAUUGCGGUCCCGUUCCUCAGAUUGACAAUGGGUUUGCAGUGGCAGCUUCUAAUGUAACCUAUAAGGGUGUGGCUACUUAUCAGUGUUAUGCAGGAUUCGCUUUCCCUAGUGGUUUACCUACCGAGACUAUCAGAUGCGGAGAAGAUGGACGUUGGGAAAGAUUACCAGUGUGUUUGGCAUCUUCCUGUCCUACUCUUCCCGAUUCUCCUCACGCUCAGUUAAAUGUUUUGAAUGGUGGUGGUCGAUCGUACGGCACGGUUAUCCGGUUCCAGUGUCAUCCAGGGUAUUCCAGAAUCGGAAUUCCCGUAAUAGUUUGUAACAGCGACGGUCAGUGGUCGGGUCCUCCACCCAAAUGCGAACGUGUGCAAUGUCCUGUGAUCCCUGAAAUCGAGAAUGGUUUCGUGAUGGACAAACAAAGAACUUACUUUUUCGAGGAUCAGGCUAGAGUACAAUGCCACAGAGGAUUCGAACUCCGGGGUAGUUCUGUUAUUACUUGUGGUCAGAAUCAAAUCUUCGAAAAUAUCCCUACUUGUCAAGAUUGCCGUCCUGUUAGAGAUUUAGGUUUGAGUACCGGUUCGAUUCCCGAUCACAGUAUUAAAGCUUCCAGUACUGAAAGCGGAUACGAUAAAAAUGAGGUUCGUCUUAACAGUGAAAACGGAUGGUGCGGAAAGAUUCAUCAUUCCGGAGAGAAUUGGAUACAGUUCGAUUUACGAGCACCUACCGUGUUGAAAGGUUUUCGAACCCAACCCGUUUCCAGAUCGGAUGGUUCAUUGGCAUUUCCAACAAAAAUGAGAAUUCAAUACUCAAACGAUAUGGCAGAUGUAUUUCGUGAUUAUAGCGAUCCCAUGAAGAGAUCUGUAGAGUUUCGUCUGUUACCGCAUGGUUUAUCUGGAGUUUCUACAGUUAAUUUACCUUUCCACUUAGAAGCUAGAUUUAUCCGCUUUUAUCUAGUAGAUUACCAAACGGCUCCGUGUUUAAAAGUGGAAUUAAUGGGAUGUUCUAGACAAGAUUGUCUCGAUAUUAACGAAUGCUUGGAUAAAAAUGGAGGAUGCGAUCACCGCUGUAUCAAUAACCCCGGUAGCUAUAAUUGUCUAUGCAAUAAUGGUUUCGAGCUUUACACUGAAAACGGGACUUCCGGAUUCGAAAUUCCGUACGGAGAAACUGGUUUAAAAGAUGGAGACAUUUAUUUACUGAAUAAAACUUGUGUCGAGAAAUUAUGCCCAGACUUGAAUAGUCCCGAAAAUGGUCUUCUCCUCUCUACUAAAUCGUCAUUUCAUUUUGGUGAUGUGGUACACUUUCAAUGCAAUUUUGGUUAUGUCAUGGAGGGAAGCUCUACACUUCUGUGCACCAGUACUGGUGUCUGGAAUGGGACCGAACCGACUUGCAAAUUUGCCAGUUGUCCAUCGCUAGGAGAUGACCAUACUCAAGGUCUAAGAGUAUAUGGUGUUGAUGACGAAAAUUAUAUUCCCUUUCAGCACAAUAUAUCUCUUACCUGUAACGAAAUGGGUAGACCUUUAAGAAUGACAGCUACUGCUAAUUUUCGGCAAUGCGUAUACGAUCCCAAAGAAGGAAGAAGCGAAUAUUGGCUUUCUGGAUUAUCUCCAUCAUGUCCUAGAAUCGAUUGUGGUAUUCCAAGAGAAACCGCUGGAGCUUCGUAUGGACCGUAUGUAGAUACACGAUACAAGUCUAGUUUCUUCUUUAGUUGCGAAGACACUUUUACAGUUGCUGGAAAAUCGAAAUUUGGGGAUAACAUUGUUCGUUGUGAAGAGGAUGGAACUUGGGAUUUUGGAGACUUAAGAUGUGAAGGUCCAGUUUGCGAAGAUCCAGGAAGACCUCCGGAUGGGCUUCAAGUUGCAACAAGCUAUGAACAAGGCUCUAAAGUGACAUUUACUUGUGACAGGGCGGGAUUCGUUCCGUAUAAUAUCGAUCCCAUUACCUGCGUUAAAAAUGCUGUAUGCAAAGUAAUUAAACCUUUGGGAAUAUCUUCCGGAAUUAUACCAGAUACUUCCAUUGUGGCAAAUUCUCAAAGGAGUAAUUAUGAAGUGAAGAAUAUCCGUUUGAACAGUGCAACAGGUUGGUGUGCAGAAAAUGAUCCAGGUUUGGCCUUCUUGUAUGCAACUGUAGAUCUUGGUUCCGUCUAUCGAAUUACAUCAAUUCUUGUUAAAGGAGUCAUCACUAACGAUGUUGUUGGUCGACCUACAGAGUUACGACUCUUCUACAAAGUAGACCAAGAAGAAAACUUUGUAGUUUAUUUUCCGACAUUUAAUUUAACAACGAGAGAUCCAGGAAAUUUCGGUGAAUUAUCGGUUCUGAAUCUUCCUCUUAGCGUCAGAGCUAGGUUCUUCAUCUUGGGAAUUGUUGCUUACAACAGAAAUCCUUGCAUGAAGUUUGAAUUGAUGGGAUGUGAAGAUACUGGAGAAGAAGCAUUAUUGGGAUAUGAUGCUGGAUAUCCUGUCUGUGUCGAUCAAGAACCUCCUCAGUUCCUUAAUUGUCCUACUUAUCCCAUCACUGUGGUUAAGACAAAAGAGGGUUUUCAAUUUGUGAACUUCACCAUUCCUCAAGCUGUAGAUAAUUCAGGAAAAAUAGCCAGAUUCGAGAUUCGUCCUCCAGGUUUUAUUCCUCCUUUAAUGGUAUUUGAAGACACAACUAUUCAGUAUUUAGCUUACGAUUCGGAUGGAAACGUUGCAGUUUGUACAGUCAAUAUCACUAUACCUGAUGAUCUUCCUCCUUCUUUAACGUGUCCACGUUCUCUCGUUAUCGAAUUAUCCGAGGAACAAACCAGUUAUUCCGUAAAUUUUAACGAAAUGCUCUCUCACGUUAACGUCUCCGAUAAAUCGGGUGAUGUCUCUGUCGAAAUUUCCCCAACAGUCGCCGUAAUUCCUGUCGGAGGAUACCGUAACAUUACUGUAUCAGCCACCGACCAAGCCGGAAAUAAAGCAAUUUGCCAUUUCCAAGUAUCAGUUCAACCUUCGCACUGUGUUUCCUGGUCUCUAAAACCUCCGGUUCAAGGAACAGUUAAUUGUGUAGAAAAGGACGAGGCCCCUGGUUUCAUCUGUUCAGUCACCUGCAAUACAGGCUAUAGGUUUACAGAUGGAGAACCUGUAAAAAAAUACGAAUGUCUGCUUGGAAUGCCUUGGAGUCCAAGUUCGAUCGUACAAGAGUGUGUUCCUGAUGAUACAAAUUUUGCUACUUAUGAUGUAGUAGCUGACAUUCAAUAUCGCGCUGGUGGUGCUCUUUCUUCGUCCUGUUUGGAAGAAUACGAAGUUUUCGUUAAAAGAUAUCAAAACUCUUUGAAUCAAGCUCUUUCCGAUCGUUGUUCGGCCAUUAAUGUAAAAAUAGACGUCUUUUUCCAAAAUACAACCGUAGCAGCUAUAGCCGAAAAUGAAUUAUUCCUCAACUAUACGUUAAGACUCGAGCCUAUGGUCAAGCAAUCCACCCUUUACGAAUUAUGCGGUUCCACACUCGGUCUGGUGUUUGAUCUCAGUCUUCCGAGCACAUCCGCUGUCAUCGAGCCUAUUUUAAAUGUCACCUCUCAGAAUGUGGGUGGAAAAUGUCCAGGAAUUCAGGCCAUUAGAUCCAUUGUCAAUCGGGGUUUUACUUGUCAACUUGGAGAAGUGUUGACGACUUCCAAUCAAUCAGAUAUACCUAAAUGCCUUCAUUGUCCUCCUGGAACGUUUCCUUCUCCCGAUCAGAAAUGUAUCAAUUGUCCCCGUGGAUAUUAUCAGGAUUUGAACCGUCAAGGAAGAUGCAAAACAUGCCCUAUGGGCACAUAUACCAAGGAAGAAGGAAGCAAGAGUCUUGCUGAUUGCAUACCUAUAUGUGGCUAUGGCACAUAUUCCUCUACGGGAUUGGUACCUUGUUUACAAUGCCCCUUCAAUACGUUUACCGAAGCACCACCCAAAGAUGGAUUCAAAGAAUGUCAAAGAUGUCCAUCCGAUACUUAUACUUACAGACCUGGAUCCUCUAGUAGUUCUGAUUGCAAAGCUCUAUGCCUUCCUGGUACAUAUUCAGAUACAGGUCUAGAACCCUGCACUCCUUGUCCUCUAAACUUUUAUCAGUCAAAUGCGGGUCAAACCAGUUGUACACAAUGUCCGAACAAUCAAAUGACUGUAUUGCCCGGAGCUGUAACGUCGGAUACUUGUGUAGCGGUGCCUUGCAGCACCCACACUUGUAUGCACGGAGGCUUAUGCCAUGCUAUAAAUCAUAGACCGACAUGCUAUUGUCCUGCAGGGUUUACAGGUAACAAGUGUGAGACCGACAUAGACGAUUGUGCCAGUCGGCCUUGUUUCAAUGGUGGUACAUGCAUCGAUAAGCCACAAUCUUAUGAGUGCAACUGUCCACCUGGUUUUAGUGGCCUUCAAUGUCAGAUAGAGCAAAGUGAUUGCCUCAAUAAUACGUGUCCGGAAAGGGCCAUGUGUCAGGAUACUCCUGGUAUAGGCAAUGUAAAAUGUCUGUGUCGUGAAGGCUAUGAAGGUGAAGAGUGUGAUGUAACCGUAAAUCCCUGUACUUCCGGUGAAAAUCCGUGUAGCAAUGGAGGAAUGUGCAUACCUUUAUUACAAGGACGUUAUAAAUGUAACUGCGCUCCAGGGUGGACUGGACGCUCGUGCGAAGUUGAUAUAGAUGAUUGUGCCGAACAACCGUGUUUAUUGGGAGCCAAUUGUACCGAUCUCUUAAACGAUUUCCGAUGCCAAUGUCCAUCGGGUUUCAGAGGUAAAAGAUGCGAAGAAAAAAUAGAUUUAUGCAGUGUUCGUCCCUGUCUGAAUGGAAUAUGUGUAGAUAAAUUGUUCCAGCAUUAUUGCGUUUGUCAUUUGGGCUGGACAGGUCCGGGAUGUGAGACUAAUAUAGACGAUUGCGCUAGUAAUCCCUGUCAAAAUGGCGGCCAGUGUCUCGAUUCGAUAAAUGGAUUUACUUGUUUAUGCGAUGCAGGUUAUACAGGAUCAAAAUGUCAGCAUCCUAUCGAUUCCUGCGAAUCAACUCCUUGUCAGAAUGGAGGAACUUGUAACGAUCUAGCAGAUGGGUUUACUUGCACCUGUCGUCCUGGUUAUGUAGGAUUACAGUGUGAAGCUGAAGUAGACGAAUGUGUAAGUAGCCCCUGUAAUCCCUCUGGCACAGAUAAGUGCAUUGAUAUGGAUAAUCAUUUUGUGUGUCAGUGCAAUCCAGGAUUUACUGGCGAACGUUGCGAGCAAAAUAUUAACGAAUGCGCCUCGAAUCCUUGUCAAAACAAGGCUAUUUGUACGGAUGGUAUCGAUAAAUUUAAUUGUCUUUGCCCACCCGGUUGGACAGGUGAAAGGUGCGAAAUGGAUUUGGGAGGAUGCGAUUCUCAACCGUGUUUAAAUGACGCCAAAUGUAUCGAUUUAUUCCAAGAUUAUCUGUGUGUUUGUCCGUCGGGAACGGAUGGAAAGAGAUGCCAGACGGCUCCACGUCGUUGUAUAGGUGACCCUUGUAUGAACGGGGGAUCGUGUCACGACUACGGAAGUGGACUCAACUGUUCCUGCUCUGUUGAAUUCGCCGGUAUCGGGUGUCAACUGGAAUACGAUGCUUGCGCUGCCGAUGUUUGUAAGAACGGAGCAACGUGCGAAGAGACGGGCAACUCUUUCCAGUGUAUCUGCCCACCCGGCUACGGAGGAGAAUUCUGCCAAGAUGACAUUCCCGACUGCUCGCCCACUUCGUGUCCCGCUAGUGCCUCGUGUGUCGAUCUCACCAACGAUUUUUAUUGUAAAUGUCCCUUCAACGUUACCGGAGAGGACUGCAGGAAAACGAUAAAUAUCAAUUAUAAUCUCUACAUAAAUGAUGACAGCCAUUCUUCAAGUGUUGCCCUCGCAUCUCCAUUUCCUCUUGGAUCAAAUAGUUUAACUGUAGCAUUAUGGGUUCAAUACAAUUCAGCGGAUACAAAAGGAACCUAUUUUACUCUAUAUAGUGUUGAUUCACCUCAUCUUCCAAAAAAUAAAAGAAUUCUUCUUGAAGCAAAUGAGUCUGGAAUAUUAAUAUCAUUGUUCCCAGAUUUGGAACCCAAGAAAGUAAUUUCUUAUCUUCAAAAUGUUCCAGUGAAUGAUGGUCAGUGGCAUCAUAUUGUUAUCACUUGGGAUAAUGCAGGAGGGAUCCUUACUUUAAUUACAGACACUGCAGUGGUUCACUCUGUUAAUGGCUAUGGAAAGAAUAGAAUGUUACCAAAUUAUGGAUGGAUCAGUUUGGGAGCACCUCUUAAUUCAGAAAAUAGAGCUAUAUCAGGAGCAGGAUUUCAUGGACGACUUAGCAGAGUUAAUGUGUGGAAUAGAGUGUUGGACAUAACUGUUGAAAUACCCAUGCAGUUUAGAAGUUGUAAAAGUGCUCCUGUUUUAUACAAUGGAUUACUUUUGAGAUGGGCUGGAUAUGAUAGAGUUGAUGGUACUGUUGAAAAGCAAAGUCCUGGAAGUUGUGGAGAACAGGUCUGUCCUGUUGGUUAUUCUGGAGAAAACUGUCAUAUAUUUCAAAAAGAUAAAAUGCCCCCACAAGUAUUAUAUUGUCCACCAGAUAUGUGGGUUAUUACACCAAAUGUUAGUACAAUUAUGAGCUGGGAAGAACCAACAUUUACAGAUGAUCUUCGUUCAUUUAAAGUUACAGAAAGAAAUGGAAUACGACCAGGAGUUGCAUUGAAAAAAGGAAAUUAUGAAUUAUUUUAUGUGGCUACAGAUGAAGCAGGAAAUUCUGCACAAUGUUCAUUCACUAUUCACGUGUUGAAUGAUUUUUGCCCAAUACCAAUGUCACCAGUUGGAGGACAGAGGCACUGUUCUGACUGGGGACCAAGUGGCAGCUUUAAAACUUGUACCAUAACCUGUGAUGAUAAUUUAGAAUUUUCUCAGAUGGUUCCAAAAUACUAUGUUUGUGGUAGUGAGGGAUUUUGGCGUCCAACUACAGAGCCAAAUAUGCCAUUUGUUUUCCCAGCAUGUGCAACUAAAAGACCUGCUCAAAGGAUAUUUAAAGUUAGUAUGGGUUUCCUUUCAUCCAUCGUGUGUUCUGAUUCAGGAAGAAAGAUUCUUCAUUCACGAGUAAUAGACAGCUUAUUGAAAGUCAACAGAGAAUGGCAUGUAUGUUCUGACGAAACUGCUAAUUCCUGCAAUGGAUUGCAAGCCUCUGUGAAAUGUCGGAAAAAUGGAAGAGUCGUGCGACAAACCGAAACUAAUGACGUAUAUGUAGUUACCAUUUCAUUUCCCGCAGUUAAUGAUCCUGUAUCCAAUGUGAAUACUAGACAACAGUCGACAGUCCAAAAUGUUGUUGAAAAAGCAGUCCUUAAAGAUUCUGCUUUUGACGUUCGCGAUACUUUACCGAAUGUAGUUCCAGAUCUCACAUCUUUAUCAAUGGUUAAUGAUUAUUCUUGUUCUUUGGGACAAGUUGUUAUGCCUCCAAACUGUGUUGAUUGUAGCAUCGGUACAUAUUUUGACAACACAACAAAGUUGUGUGUAUCUUGUCCUAUUGGAACUUAUCAGAAUGAAAUGGGACAACUCUUUUGUAAGUCAUGUCCUUUGGUUAAUGGAAAAAGAGGUGUAACAAGUAACAUAGGCUCCAGAUCUGUGGAAGAUUGUAAAGAAAGAUGUUCUGCUGGAAAUUAUUAUGAUGAAAACAUUCAAAUAUGCAGACCGUGUGGAUAUGGAUUUUAUCAACCAUCAGAUGGUUCUUUUAAUUGUUUCUCCUGUAAACCAGGUCUUACAACACGAAGCAAUCAGGCUGUAUCAGUUAAAGAAUGUAGAGAGGAAUGUGCGGCCGGUUAUCAGCUGUCAGAGAAAGGGACGUGCGAACCGUGUGGCUUAGGUUAUUAUCGAACUAAAGGAAUGCCAACUUGCGAACAGUGCCCACCAGGAAGGACCACCCCUUUAAAAGUGGCCACAAGUCAGAACCAAUGUUCUCUGGAAAUGUGUAAUCCUGGCCAUUACUUAAAUACCACUACCGAUAAGUGCGUUGCUUGUCCGAAAGGGAAUUAUCAAAGUAAGGAGCAACGUGAUCCUCAGUGUAUUCCCUGUCCCGAAGAUAAGACGACAGCUCAGACUGGUUCUCUAUCAGAAAACGACUGUUUCAAUCCUUGCCUCAUAAACGGACAGAUGAGAGAAUGCGAAACAAAUGCCUACUGCGUGUUCCAUAAAGAAAUCGAUUCUUUCGCCUGCGAAUGUAAACCUACGUUUAAACGCGAUAAUAAUCAGUGUGUAGAUGUCUGCACCAAUCACUGCGAAAACGGUGGAAAGUGCGAAGUAAACACCGAAACUUUCGAACCUAGAUGUCAUUGUUCUGCCAAUUUCUAUGGUAAAAAAUGCGAAAAGAAAUCCGAUUUUGUAUAUAUCGCCGGAGGAAUAGCAGGAGCGGUCAUCUUCAUAAUCAUUCUCGUCUUACUCAUUUGGAUGAUUUGUGUCAGAUCGUCUAGAAAGAAUAAGUUGCAGAAGCUUCCGGAAUCGGGAUACGACAUUUCCAGUUCUCAAGCCAACUUUUUUUACGGGGCUCCCGCUCCUUAUGCCGAAAGUAUCGCACCUUCUCACCACAGUACUUACGCUCAUUACUACGAAGACGACGAAGACGGUUGGGAGAUGCCAAAUUUUUAUAACGAAACUUACAUGCAAGAGGGUUUGCAAGGUAAGACCAACACCCUCAGUAGAAGUAACGCUAGCCUAUACGGUACCACCAAAGACGAGCUUUACGAUAGACUACGUCGACACCAAUAUCACGGUAAGAAAGAUGUCAGCGAUGCAGAAGACAAUCACCAUCCGUAAUUAAUGUCCCACAACGGGUCGUCCUUCUCUGUUACGUCAGAGUAAAUACUCAGGAAUCUUGGGCGACGUCUUUUUUUAUCUGCAUAGAUUCGGAUAAUUACGAUAAAAUCGAUCAUUUGUUUUUCUUUUUCCGAGCAAAUUUUGAUCAUCCUGUAAUAUCAGUCGACCCCCCUAUAACACUGCUGAUAAUUCCGUUUUAUAUGAAUUCCAUGUUAUAGGAGUCACUUAGAU